UGCCACAUUAGGGGGCAUAUUAGACCGAGCUAUUGAAGCCGAGGACAAAAACCAUGGUGAUUUCUUGCGGCUGGAUCAUAUUGAGGGUUAUCUUGAAUUGUCCGCCAAGACAAAGACUUACUUUGCCACAGCUGUUAACUUAUGGGAUGCAGAGUAUUAUAUUAAGGUUGACGAUGAUGUUCAUGUCAAUAUAGCUACACUAGGGGAAACAUUAGCAAUGCAUCGUAAAAAACCACGUAUAUAUAUGGGGUGCAUGAAAUCUGGUCCUGUCCUUUGGCGAAAGGGGGUAAGAUACCAUGAACCAGAAUAUUGGAAAUUCGGAGACAAGUAUUUUCGUCAUGCUACUGGACAAAUAUAUGCCAUUUCGAAAGACUUAGCCACUUACAUAUCAGCAAACCAGCAUGUGCUUCAUAAGUAUACAAAUGAAGAUGUGUCAUUGGGAGCUUGGUUUAUUGGUCUUGAUGUGCAACAUAUCGAUGAUCGCAGAUUAUGUUGUGGAACCCCACCAGAUUGUGAAUGGAAGGCACAGGCAGGCAACGUCUGUGUUGCAUCGUUCGACUGGACCUGCAGUGGGAUUUGCAGGUCCGUGGACAGGAUAAAGGAGGUCCAUCGCCGUUGUGGCGAGGGAGAGAAUGCACUAUGGAAAGCUACAUUCUGAAAACAUUCAUUACUAAAGGUAAACAGGUCAAUCAAUAUGUCAAAAAGGCCAUAUUUUUUGCCCAGGGUACAUAUAUAUUAGUCUCAUCAUAUACUACAUUUUAUACAUAUUUCGAGCUAAAAGCAAUUAAUACAGUUGAACUCACAUAAGGCGCUCUAAAUCGUCCUCUGCAUAUGUUAUACGCGUAUGAGAGAGACGAAGAUUAAUAAUCGAUGGCCAAGUUUUAGCUAUGGAGAAACCAUCUCCAUUUUUGUAGAGAAAAAAUGGCUGCCAAUGUUAAGUCAUAGUUUACUGGAUUGUAAAAUCUUAAUAGAUGCAAAGUCAUAUUAUUUGAGACCA